GAAGACUUGAAAAUUGAAAACGCACUGAAAAAUUUGUCAGAAAAAUUAAAGGACACCAAGGACAAAAUGGAUGGUAAAAAGUAGAGCUCGUUAAAAUUAAAACCUAAUAAACAUGAAGGACCAUUCAAUUAUAUUUUUGGGGUCGGAACCUUUAAAGGACAAAGACACUAUUGCACGUGUUUUAUCAUAUUUUACGAUGCCUCCCAAUGAUUUACCAAAUCGAAUACUACAAUCAUUUACUCCUCCUGUUUGGUCAAGACAUGUUCGCGUCGACUUCUUAGGGCCAUGUUUAGCUUUUAUACUAUUAGCUACUGUACUCGGUUACGGCCAUGCUUAUAAAGUGUCAUCUGCUGUAUAUCAUAGAUCACCUUCAGAAGUUUUGGUUAUGUAUUGUGUUUUAAUGCCAGCAAUAUGCUUUGUACUGACAAAUUUAGGACAGUCAAGCAUAUCCUUUGUGCAAAUACUAUCGUUAUUGGGAUAUGGAUUGUAUGGUUACGUUUUUACCCUUUUUACCAGCUUUGUUUCAGAUGAGACUAACAAUAUAGUAUUCUACCUAGCCAUGAUACUAUUUACUGGUGCCAGUGUUUUGCGAAUAUGUUUAAUAAUAUUAUUAACUAUUAAACUACCCGCUGUCAGACUAUUAGUGUGUAGUAUUAUUGCUAUUUUACAAGUGCUGUUUGUUGUAUUUUUGUAUUUUACGUAUGUUCACUCUAGUUUUGUGUUUAUAAAACAUUAGUGUAAUAAAUGUUGUAAUAAAUAUGAUGUUAAAUUUGUUGAGAUCAAUAAAUUAAAUUUAUUAGCA